UGGGACUGGCUGGAGAGAAUUGGCGAGACUUUAGAGGACUGAUUUAAGCCGUGGGGUGGGGUCUUAUGGAAGGAAGGGGGCAGGCCCCCGUGAAUAUGGGCUUGUUGAAAGGCUAGGAGCAGAAUUUGAAAGAGUGGAAAGUACUGAUCCGGCGGGAUAAAGGGGUGGGGCUAAGUGAGUCGUUAGUGUGUGAGCGCGGAUGGGUCUGGCUGAGUGAAAGCGUGGGUGUUUGUAACGGGGCGAUAGGCCGGAAAGGGCAGGUUUGUGAAAGGAUACAGGAAGGGGUGUAAGAAAUGAGUGAGGCUUGAUCGAGUGAAAGGGACGGUGAGUUGCUGGAAAGAGCAGGUCCUAAAAUGUCCGGAUUGAAUCUGAGGUUAAUUGCUCCCAGGAAAAGGCGAGACGUGAAAGAAGGAGGGGGGGGGGGGGGGGAAAUCAUGUAAAGGGGGCGUGGUCUAGUGGAACAGGCGGGACCAGGUGGGAUGGGCACCUCAGUGGCUCGAGAGGCCCUGAAGGGGCGGGAUUUAGAGGCACUGCGGAUUGGGUUCCUGGGGCCCCUUCGGACCCCCUAACCCCCUCAAAACCACUAUCCCGCCAGAGUCGCGUCAGGGCCCGAAUCUCCCCAGCUAUGACUUCCACCUGCCAGGAUUCCACAGCCUCCAGGCAGCGGAAGGGUAGGCAGAAUCCCCAAUCGCCUUCUCACGAUGUGAACGCCAUCACGAAGAGAACUGUUAAGAAGGGUGCUGUGCCCCGCUGUACUCCCAAUCUAUCGGAGAUAAAGAAGAAAGGAAAGAUGAAGAAGCUUAGCCAACCAGUUGAAGAAGACCUAGUCAUGGGGCUGCAAGGGCUGGAUCUUAACCCUGAAGUGAAGGUAAUGAUUGGUACUGGCUUGGUGUUUGAUGAACAGCUAAAUGAUUUUCAUUGCCUCUGGGAUGACAGCUACCCUGAAAACCCUGAAAGACUCCAUGCCAUUAAGGAACAGCUUAUCCAGGAAGGCCUUGUGGAUCGUUGUGUAUGCUUUCCGGCCCGGGUCGCAGAAAAGGAAGAGCUCAUGUUGGUUCACAGCCCAGAGUACAUUGACCUCAUGGAGACAACCCAGUACAUGAAUGAGGGAGAACUUCGCAUACUGGCAAACACCUAUGAUUCAGUUUAUCUACAUCCGAACUCUUUUAUUUGUGCCUGUCUGGCCUCAGGCUCUGUCCUUAGACUAGUAGAUGCGGUCCUGGGAGCUGAGAUCCGGAAUGGCAUGGCUAUCAUCAGACCUCCAGGACACCAUGCUCAGCGUGAUCUGAUGGGUGGGUAUUGCAUGUUCAACCAUGUAGCUGUAGCUGCUCGUUAUGCUCAAAGGAAGCACCACAUUAAGAGGGUCCUUAUCGUGGACUGGGACGUUCAUCAUGGCCAAGGAACACAGUUCAUGUUUGACCAGGAUCCGAGUGUUUUAUACUUCUCCAUCCACCGCUAUGAGCAGGGUCGGUUCUGGCCCCACCUCCAGGCCUCUAACUGGUCUGCCAUAGGUUGUGGCCAAGGGCAAGGAUACAACAUCAAUAUACCUUGGAAUCAGGUGGGGAUGCGGGAUGCGGACUACAUUGCUGCUUUUCUCCACAUCCUGUUGCCUGUUGCUUCUGAGUUUCAGCCUCAACUGGUCCUGGUAGCUGCUGGAUUUGAUGCCCUCCAAGGGGACCCCAAGGGCGAGAUGGCUGCCACCCCUGCAGGGUUUGCCCAGUUAACCCAUCUGCUCAUGGGUAUGGCAGGAGGCAAGCUAAUUCUGUCUCUGGAGGGUGGAUACAACCUCCAGUCUCUGGCUAGGGGUGUCAGUGCAUCUCUCCAUACCCUUCUGGGAGACCCUUGCCCUAUGCUAGAGUCCCCUGGUGCACCAUGUCAAAGUGCUCAGGCUUCGGUCUCCUGUACUCUGGAAGCCCUAGAACCAUUCUGGGAAGUCCUUGUGAAUACAGUUGAUAGUACGGAGGAGGACAAUGAGUCUGGAGACAACUGGGACGAGAGACAAGAGGAAGGGGAAGGACCCUUGGGGGCCACUUCACUGCCAGUCCUGACAUGGCCCACGCUACAGCAUCGUACAGGAUUGGUCUAUGACCAAAGAAUGAUGAGUCACUGCAACCUGUGGGACAACCACCACCCUGAGACACCCCAGCGUAUUUUGCGGAUCAUGUGCCACUUAGAGGAACUAGGGCUUGCAGCACGCUGUCUCCACCUGCCUGUGCGGCCUGCCACUGAUGCCGAGCUCCUUACCUGCCACAGUGCCCAGUAUGUGGAGCGUCUCCGGGCUACAGAGACAAUGAAAACCCGGGAACUGCACCGCGAGGGUGCCAACUUUGACUCCAUCUACAUCUGCCCCAGCACAUUCACCUGUGCUCAGCUAGCUACAGGUGCUGUCUGCCGCCUGGUGGAAGCUGUACUAUCAGGAGAGGUUUUAAACGGCAUUGCUCUGGUGCGCCCCCCUGGACACCAUGCAGAGCACGAUGCUGCUUGUGGCUUCUGUUUUUUUAAUUCUGUGGCUGUGGCUGCUCGCCAUGCCCAAGCCAUUAGGGGGACUGCCUUAAGGAUCCUAAUUGUGGAUUGGGACAUCCAUCAUGGGAAUGGAACUCAGCACAUCUUUGAGAAUGACCCCAGUGUGCUUUAUAUGUCCCUGCACCGCUAUGAUCGUGGCACUUUCUUCCCCAUGGGGGAUGAGGGGUCCAGCAAACACGUAGGUCUGGCUGAGGGCAUGGGCUUCACUGUCAAUGUGGCCUGGAAUGGGCCCCGUAUGGGUGAUGCUGACUACCUGGCUGCAUGGCAUCGACUUGUGCUUCCAAUUGCAUACGAGUUUAACCCAGAACUGGUGCUUGUAUCUGCUGGUUUUGAUGCUGCACAGGGUGACCCACUGGGUGGCUGCCAGGUGUCACCGGAAUGUUAUGCCCAUCUCACUCACCAGCUGAUGGGCCUUGCCAAUGGCCACACUAUCCUUAUCCUAGAGGGUGGCUACAACCUGACAUCCAUCUCAGAGUCAAUGGCUGCCUGUACCCAUUCCCUCCUUGGAGAUCCGCCACCCCUGUUAUCGAUGCUUCGGCCACCACAACCAGGGGCCCUGGCCUCAAUUACGGAGACCAUCCAAGCCCAUCGCAAAUACUGGCGCAGCCUGAGGGUCCUGAAGGUAGAAGACAAGGAUUCACCCUGCACUUCCAAACCCAUCACCAGGAAGGCAUCCCAUCCAACCCAUCUUAGGUUGGCUAAGGGGGUAACCAUGCCAGAAGGGAAGGGUGUAAAAGCAAGCAUGAGGAAGGUUACCUCAGCGUCAUCUGCAAAAGCACCUACUGCAGUUCACACCAAAGUGAAGACAGCCAAAGUGACCACAUGUGCUCAAAACAAGGCUCAGAGAGAUAGUUGGAAAUCAAAACUAACCUGGGACACCUCUGAGAACACUGUGGGAGGAGCCAUGGUGGUCCAGGCCAUCUUCGAGAAUAGUGUUGGAGGAACCAAGAUGAACCAGGCGACCUCCAAUGAGACUGUGGGAGAAGCCAUGAUGGACCCGAUCACCUUUGAGGAGACUGAUGGAGAAGGAGCCGUGGUGGACAAGGUCAUCUGUGAGAAGACUGAAGGAACCAAGGUAGACCAAGCCACCUCUGAGGACACUGUGGGAGGAGACACGGUGGAUGAGGCCACUUCCAAGGAGACUGUGGGAGGAGACAUGGUGGACCAAUCCACCUCAGAGGAGACUGUGGGAGGAGACAUGGUGGACCAGGCCACCUCUGAGAUUGUGGGAGGAGCCAAGGUGGACCAGGCCACCUCUGAGGAAACAAUGGGAGGAGCCAAGGUGGACCAGGCCACCUCCAAGGAGACUAUGGGAGGAGACAUGGUGGAUCAGGUCACCUGCAAGGAGACCAUGGGAGGAGCCAAGGUGGACAAGGUCACCUGCAAGGAGACCAUGGGAGGAGCCAAGGUGGACGAGGUCACCUCCAAAGAGACUGUAGGAGAAGCCACCUCAGAGGCUACAGGGGAAGUCAUACUAGACCAGACCAACUCAGAGGAUGCUCUGGGAGGAGCCAAGCUGAUCCAAACUCCUCUAGACUCAGACAGAGAUAAGGAGAUCUCACUUCAGCAGGGAACCACAUUCCAGCUAUCCCCCAUUCAGCAGAUUGGGAAUCCCAGAAUUUUAGAACCAGGCAAUGAAGCUCAGAGAGCCCUGGAAGAUGAAGACCCAGAAGAUGAAGGCCUACUGGGAGAAGCAGCUGGAGGUGAGCCUAUUAAUAACUCUCAGCUGGCAUUUGGAUCUGGGGAAGCUGCUGCUGCUGUUGCUACUAUCACUGUUGCUCCUGACAAUGAUGAGGACUUAUUUUAUGCUGUAACACCAAUGCCUUGGUGCCCCCAUUUGGGGGCAGUGUGCCCCAUACCUGCAGCAGGACUGAACGUAAACCAACCUUGUGAUACCUGUGGAACUAUGGAGGAGAACUGGGUGUGUCUUAGUUGCUAUAAGGUCUACUGCAGUCGUUAUAUAAAUGGUCACAUGGUCAGCCAUUACGAAGCUUCUCAACACCCAUUAGUCCUCAGCUGUGUAGACCUCUCUUCCUGGUGUUACCAUUGUGAGGCCUAUGUCCACCACCAGGAUGUCCUCCAUGUGAAGACUGUGGCUCACAAGAACAAAUUUGGAGAGGACAUGCCCUCCCCCAAUUAAAUCCCAGAAUCCACAUCAUCUUCUACCUUUCCCAAGACCCCAAAAUAAAGCAGCCCGAGUUCUU